AUGAUUUCAAACAAGCCACCAACCAUGACGCCCGCUUCCUCCAUAUCUUCGAUUAACCACACAAUCGGUGAUCAGGAACAAAUAAUACAAUUCAUUUUGAGAAUGUUCAAAUGGAGGCAAUUAGAUUUCAAAGGAGCACUCACACAGAUGGCUCAAAUUAUCAUUUCACCGGAUACAGUGUACAAGAACGCUAGAAAUCGAAAAUAUAUCAAGGAUAGAUAUUCGAGAGAUGAUCCAGCUUUUGUAAUAUUAUUGGCUAUUUUCAUGUUGAUAAUCGGAUUAAUCUAUUCAAUUACAUUCCACAAAUUAUCAUUAUUUAAUUACGUUUCCCUAAUGUCCUACUUGUUCCUGUUUGACUUUUUAUUCAUUGGUAUUUUCAUAUCGACGAUAUGUUGGCUUAUUUGUAACAAGUUCCUUAUUGAUGCAGAGAGUGGUGGAAACAACAAUCAAGAAAAUGUGGAGUGGCUGUACAGUUUUGAUGUUCAUACCAACUCAUUCAUUCCAGUUUUCAUUCUGCUCUAUGUGGUUCAAUAUACCAUGCUUCCGAUACUUACAAUGGACAAUAUUAUUGGAACAAGUCUUUCUGCCUUGCUCUUCAUGUUUGCAUUUUCAUACUAUAACUAUUUAACAUUUAAAGGAUAUUUAAAUUUGACUUUUAUCAAAAACUCGGAGAUAUUCCUUUAUCCUAUUGCAGUUAUCUUAGUGUUUACAGUUGUCUGCAUUUUCACAGGCUUUAAUUGCACAAAGGCUGUGCUCUCAGUGUACAUUGACCCCAAGAACAAUUAA